AUGAACAACGACGGCGCCCCCGCCCCCGGCCUCCGCAACCGCCGUUUCAGAGCCGCGCUCUACUUCGCGGCCUGGGGGGUCUCUGGGAUCAUAUCCACCACCGUGCCCAGCCUGGCAGCGAAUAACCCUGACCACGUCAUGGUAUACUUUCUCCUCCUCAUGGCUGCCGUGCUCCUGCUCCUGCUCUCCAUGGCUGCUGUGGAUCUUCCCUGGCUGGAGAGGGCGGCGGCUCGCCUCGAGUUCCUUCUCGCCGACAUGUUCUAG